GUAUGGCGUUGAACAGCGAAGUGAUGUUCCGCGAGCAAAUCAAUGCGAUGCGCUCACAAGCUGGCCGGAAGCGAGCGACGUCGCUUCAAAGCUUCUGCUCCGGAAACACCGACGACUCCUCCGCGGAUAGCACCGAUAACAUGGAUAUGAUGGUGGAUUAUCCUCAACAAAAGGGAGUGAGCUGCAUGAGAGCCAGAUUCAACAGCGAGAGCACGCUUAGCAAGAGUUUCCGGAAGAAAGUGAAGAAGCUCGCUCAGAAGGACAGAAGAUCCAAGGAGCGUCUGAACGGAAACUCGGAAGAGGAUGCGAUUGAAGUCCCACGCGGUGCUCCGUCUACUUAUGCAGCUCCAUCGAAAUUGCGGAAAUCCAAAGCUCUCGACUGUCUUGUCUCCGAGAAACCAAAGGACGAAGGAAGAAGCGAGGAUUCCGGGCAUGGAGCCGACAUUGAGAUGGCAAAGGGACACUUCAACGAUGUUCGGAUGAAAGUAUUUGCCGCCCGAACUGCGAUGCAAGUGGAACCAGCGUUGGUCAUGAAGACUCGGAAAGCAUUGGAGAUGAAGAAUGCUGUCCUAGAAAAUCAUCAAUCGCCAGGAGCUUUCUCUCUUCAUGCAGCCUACAAAAUUGCAGCUUCUGCAGAAUCCCGUGUUGGAUCGAUUACUCCAUGCAAUAAGAAGGUGACAAAGGAAGCAAUGGCUAAUUUGAUUCGUUCAAGUUAUGAUGACACCGAGAUCACUCAAGAGCUGCUUUUCUCUUCAAAGUUCGACUCGAAAUGGAAGGGUCGAUACACAGACAUCUACAUGCGUCGGGAUGAGAAUGGAAAGAAGCCAAAGCGUCCAGUGAACGGUCAAGGAUGGGUGAUGCCGUUGAAAAGCAUCUGUGAGAAGUUCGGAAUCAACUCAACUUUCUUCACAAAUCAUCGCAUCGAUCUGAAAUCCGCAAGAGAUCAGGUGCUUCUGAUGCGCCUUCUUUCACAUGAUCAAACCAGCACAUGGAUUUCGGAUAUUCAUCCAGAAGCCGUCAAGAAUGAGACACUGGCUGAAUACCUACUUCGUGAACUCGACGCUUCUACGAUGCAAAAGCGAGUUCAAGCUUUCAAGGCAAAUGUUCUUGCUGACAGAGACCGAGUUCGUGUUGCUGGACAGUUCUACAACAACAUUCGAAUCGGAAAGCGGAUGUUUGGAGCAGCGAGAAAAGCGAAGUAUCUGUCAACCAUCAUCGGAGGAAUGGAGCGACGCUUUGAAAUCCUCGAGAACUCUGUCAACCACAUCCCAUUCACUCACUCAGCUUCAGACAACAACCAGGAAAAGUGCCGUAAUCCACGUGUUCACUGCAGGGAUUCCACUCGAAUCGCUCUCCAAUUCCCACGCGGUCAGUAUCUCGGAGAUUUCAUUCACGCAAAUCGGAUUUCUGGAAAGCCGCUGUUCAAUGAGUUCAUCAUGACUCAAGCUCCAAUGAAGAACACCGUUGAUGAUUUUUGGAGAAUGGUUUGGCAGGAGGAAGUUCCAUACAUUGUGAUGCUAACCAGCAGAAAGGAACCGGAAAGAUGUGAAUAUUACUGGCCAAAAUCUCCGUCGGAUCCCGCCGUUACUGUUCCUGGUGGACUUCGAAUCGAGAACUUUGGUGUCUAUCAAGCUCCAGACCCAUUGUUCCGUGUCACUCAUCUUCGUCUCAUUGGACCGGAUCGCGAGGAACGUCACGUGGAACAUUGGCAAGGAGACGUGAACAAUUCAUCGAAUAUGUACUCUCCAUUAAAUAUUCUUCGUUUACUUCGCAACGCGUCGAAGCCAGUCGUUAUCCAUGAUCAUUUGGGAGUUUCUAGAGCGGCUUGUCUUGUUGCUGCCGAGAUUGCCAUUUGCAGUUUGCUCCGAGGGCCAACUUACAAGUACCCAGUACAACGAGCUGUCCAAUUUCUUCGUCAGCGCCGUCCAUUCAGCAUCGAGACUCCCAUGCAGUACAUCUUUGUGCAUCGUCUUGUUGCAUUCUUCUUCCGUGACGUCAUUGGAAGUGCAAAGGAGUUGGAUGUCGAUUAUGAAAGAUGGCUCCAAGAACGAUCCGAACGCAUGUUCCUUGAUGAUCUUGCUGCUCCAAUUCCUGGCUAUCGUUUGCUGUCUCCAAGAGCAGAUCCAGACAUUGUUCGAAUGGUUGGAAGACCUGAAAGACCAAACUACAGACGUGAGGCACCCGAUUGUGUUGGAGAGAUGCCGAACAAGGUGGCGGCUGUCGACGGGAUCCUUUCACCAGCGAAGAGCGUCUUCGAAUUCUAAUUUUCAUGUAUACUAAACCCCCACACUCACUAUUAUUAUUUUUAUUUAUAACAUUCUGUGAAAUAUUGCAUGAUACUGUAUAAAAUGCAUUUUAACUGUC